AUGUUCUCACACGUCGGCCGAUACACAUCUGAUUCAUUACCGCGCUCUAUGCCCCGCUCCGUGUUGUCUAUGCGAGGCGGACACAGGCAUCCCGCGGCUUCUACGCACGUCAACGGCCGCGCAAUGGCGGGGCGGGGCCGGGGGCGGGCCGAGAGCGGCGCCGGCGGCCACCGCCCGCCGAGCGACGAGCGCCGAGGGCACGCAUCUCGGGCACUCGGCAUUCGCGCGACACCGCCGCACCGCGCGCUCGUCUCCGCACACUCAGCCCGCUCAUUCCGCGCCCGCGAGCCGACCGCGACGCACGUCCGCGACCACCGCACCGUUGCCACCCGCUCCGCUAUCGGGCCCAGUGCUGUGCAGUGCCAUCGGAACUAUCGAAGCGCGCCACCGUGCGAUGCCAACGCCUGGCUCCGCUGCCGAGGCGAUCUGAGCGAAAGGGUUGUAGCGCGGAGGGCGGCGCGAGGCCGCGCACGCGCCCGCUGCCGUGCCGAGUCCGCACACCGGUCGACGCCGGCCCGCGCGAUGGACGACAAGACGACCGCCGCCGAGGAGCACUACAGCCUGCGCUGGAACAACCACCAGGCCCACCUGCUGCGCUCCUUCGAGGCGCUGCUGCACGCCGAGACGCUAGUGGACGUGACCCUGGUGUGCGCCGAGAGGCGGGUGCGCGCCCACAAGGUGCUGCUGGGCGCGUGCAGCCCGCUGUUCCGCAGGAUCUUCAGCGAGAACCCGUGCAAGCACCCCGUGAUAGUGCUGAAAGACUUCCAGGGAUGGGAGGUGCAAGCGGUUGUGGACUUUAUGUACCGCGGGGAGGUGUCCGUGGCGCAGGAGCAGCUGGGCACCGUGAUAAGGGCGGGGGAGUCGCUGCAGGUGCGCGGGCUGGCCGACCAGGAGGGGGAGAGGACGCGCUCGCCGCCGCCAACGCCGCCGCAGAGGAGCCCAGCGCGGGCGACGCCGGCGCCCUCGCCGCCAGCCAGCCCGGCGAGCCCGCAGCCGCGCCGCAAGCAAGCGCGGCCCCGCCGCCGCUCGGGGGAGUCAGAUACGCCUGAGAACCUCUCGAUGCGCCGCUCGCCCAGCGGCCUCAAGGCGGUGCGCCUCGCCAGGCCCCGCUCCCCGUCGAGCCACAAGCAGGAGCCCGAGGAAGUGGAAGCCGAGGUGCCCCCGCCGCCCAGGAUGUUCCAGCCGCACCAGGACAUGUUCCCGCCAGUGCCGCCGGCCGCCGUCUCGGCCCUCUCACUCACGCCGCCUCACAUGUUCGGAAUCGAUUCACCGUUGGGCCUCUUCCCGCCCGGAAUGGAGCACAAGAUGUACCCGCUGAUGGACGUGGAACAUCGUGCGCCUCCGCUCGACGCUCAGCUGUUCACCAACGUCAAGAAGAAAUGGCGACCGAAAGGGCAGCACAGCGCGCCCCGCGGCGGGCCACCCCGUUCCUGGACGAACGCCGAACUAACAGAAGCGCUGCAACACGUGUGGAACAAGAAGAUGACAACCAGCCAGGCGUCGAGGAUCUUCGGCAUACCGUACAACUCCCUGCUGAUGUACGUCCGCGGCAAAUACGGCAAGAGCCUGAAACUCGAGCAGCUGCGCAAGGACUGCAUCGGCGGCCCGUUGGACGUGCUCAACCUGAACACGGGCAACAACAACAACAACCACCCGACGAGCAAGCACCACGACAAGGACGAACAGCACCAGAGCACGGGGCAGCGGCCGGCGAGCUCCGAGCCCGACAUCGCCUCCAAUCCGAUGUUCAACCCGUUCCAGCAAGGGUUCUACCCGGAGUUCCCUCACGGGUUCCCGAUGCCGCUCAACAUGCUCCAUCUGCUGCCGCCGAACGACAAGGCCCGGGACCUCUACCAGUCGAUGCCGAUGGCCCUGGACUCACUCUCGGGCGUCACAAAGGAGGAGGACUGCAAAAGCGACCGUUCGAAAGAGAACUCCGCCGACGAGGAGGGGGACACAUACCGCGCGCCGUCCCACCCCCCGCAUCCGCCCGACAACCGCACACUGCUGCACCACAACGGGCAAGAU